AACGGCACACAAUAAAAAAAGUGCAACGAAUUGUGGGUUACGGUUAUGACUAAUCACAAACAAAGCAAAAGCCUUUCAAGAAAGCAAAAGUAAAACCCAAGUCGCGUGAAUUUUUUGCAAAAUGUGCGGAUUGGUAAGACGUUGAAAUCUGCGAUAUCAAUUACAAGAGAACGUCGCAGACAUUAUGACUACUACGAUAAAAGUUGGAAAAUAUCUGCUCUAUUCAAAAAUUAACUUUAAAAUGUUAAAAUAAAAUGAUGGGAACAAAAACUUGACAUGAAAGCCGGCAAAGAAAUAUGAUGAUAAAAAGCGUGGAAUUUUAGUUUUGAACAUUUAAACUUUUGCUCCACAAACUCAUGUGAACCAAUUUUAAGAGCAUGAAUACGUAGUGAUUAAAUAUUAAACAAAAAAAGAAGAUAUUUAAAAAAAAUAAAAUAAUAGCAUAACUCGAUAUUUGGAAGCGUCAAAAUUCGAGCCUUUUUAACAUCAACCAGUAACAUAGUUUUUGCUGCCUGCAAUAAAAUUUUAUACAACACAAUUUCCAUUUUGCUUCAUAUUCACUUUACCAGGUCUUGUAUAUUUGCGUAACUCCUUUCUAUACUGUAGUUGCUCUAUUCUAUCUCAGGAUUUCGUACAAGUUCUUUAAAGAGAUUAUCCCACUUUAUUAUAAUGAAUAUAAUACGGUGCAGAGGUAUGUUGCAUUGGUAUCUGAAGCUGUAAGGAACGUGUGUGUAUUUGCAGUAUUUUUAUGUAUCUGAAAGUGUGCGAAUAUAAAAGUAAAAAGCUUCUCAAUGAAAAGGAAAACAUUAAGGAAAUAAAUUAUUUUUAUACAGAACAUGCCAGUGGAUAUGCAAAAGAACGUCUCUGUACAAGUUGAUAGUGACUUCGCUUUACUUUUGCCUAGUGGUAUAUAUGAAAUAAAAAAAAUGGAACCACGCUCCAAAAUACGAACAAUUAUUUUAUUUUGCCUUUUUCUGGCAAUAGCAGGAAUCAUUGGAUUUGGAUACUUUUGUCAAGAUCAGGUUUGUGCACUAUCAAAACGUGGCAUGAUGCUCCAACCGGAUUUGCUUUCGUACAGUGAACCUAUUGUAGCAUCUGGCGCCAUAGCAGCUGCUUCCGCUGUGGGCUCAUCGAGCAAUGUUUUGGGUGUACAUCAUCAUCAGGGUUCACAGGGCAUGGUGGCGGCGACGGCCACUUCGUCACUUAAUACAAAAUUAAUACAGCAAAAUGUUAUUAUUGCCAGUGUUGGACUAAGUUACGAAGAUGUGUUGAAUGAUGAUUUUCAGUUUGACAUGGACGGGCAUGAUGUGAUGGUAUUUUUACAUAUACAAAAAACUGGCGGUACAUCGUUUGGACGUCAUUUAGUGCGUGAUUUGGAUUUAAAGCGUCCUUGCGAGUGCCAGCGGCAACGCAAACGUUGCUAUUGCUUCCGUCCGCAUCGCAACGAAAAUUGGCUCUUCUCGCGCUAUUCGACAGGUUGGAAAUGUGGCUUGCAUGCUGAUUGGACAGAACUGACAAGUUGUGUGGACGUAGAAUUGGAUAAAAAUGAAGGUGAAACUGCGAAAAGAAGAUACUUUUACAUAACCCUGCUGCGUGAGCCGAUCGCACGGUACAUGUCAGAAUACCGACAUGUGCGGCGUGGUGCCACGUGGAAGGGUUCAAGGCAUUGGUGUCUGGGAAGACAAGCUAGUGCAAGUGAGUUACCGCCUUGCUAUAAGGGCAAGGACUGGCUAGAUGUGGAUUUAGAUGAGUUUGCUGCAUGCGAAUCAAAUUUGGCAGCAAAUCGUCAAACACGCAUGUUGGCCGAUUUGGCAUUGGUUGGAUGCUAUAAUAAAUCAUCUAUGCCAGAGCAUGAACGCGAUCGUGUCAUGUUAGCGAGUGCGAAACGAAAUUUAGCAGCGAUGGCAUACUUUGGUUUAACCGAAUAUCAAAAGAUCUCGCAAUACAUUUUCGAAGAAACAUUCAAUCUUCGUUUUGCAAUACCAUUCGAACAACACAACACCACAAUUUCAGCUUCAGCGGUUCACAAUUUGAGGCCGGAUCAAAAAAGGCAUAUAGAGCAACUGAAUAGUUUAGAUGUUGAACUAUACAGUUUCGCCAAAAAUUUACUAUUCCAAAGGGCACUCUUCGCCAUAGUGUUUCCUGAAACACAAAUUUUGGACUACACAAAUUCUCAGCUUGUUGCAAUCAAUAUAGGUACAGCAAGACUUCAAACAGGAUCAUUCCGAAUAAUACAUGUAAUUGACAUAUCAUUAUAUCAAACACUCAUAGACGACUUAGAACUUCAAAUUAACGAUAACAUUAAUUCAGAUCAUCUUAUUCAUCCAUUCCUUAUCAUGGAAUUAAAUAAAAUAAAAGAUGCAUUACAUAGAUUAAAAACUAAUUAUAGAAUAAAGAGAUCAUUAGAUUUUAUAGACAUUAGUAAUUCGUCGUGUAUACCAAACCUAUUAGAAAGUCGUUCACCGACAUGCGCAGUAAUCAACAAUCAACAUAUUCCAUCUGUCGAACUAAUUUCGCCAGGCUUAAUAUUUCUCAACCAAUUUGAAGGACAAGCGAUUAUUAAUAAUAAAUCAGCUGACUUAAAAGGAACAUUUCUUAUACGCUACCACAAUGCAUCAAUAACUAUAGAUGGAAAUAGCUAUUGUGACGAGUUUUAG